AUGGCCUGCUUCCACGGUUUGGUUGCGCUCCGUCUGGCCGCCGCAUUCCUAAACUUCGUUUUCAUCUCCUCCUUGCUUCAGCACGGGGAACUCGACCUCAUGGGUGAAGCCGUCCAGAUCCCCUCUAUGGACCUGACAGCUCAAUCGAGGAAGCUCCUUGGAAUUGAGUUGAAUGUGACUACUACUGGACGCGGGUUCGUCGGAGGGGUGGCAAAUGUGGGAAAAAUGAUGGAGAUGACCGGAGAGGAGGUGUGCUCUAAAGACGACAUCGUCGUGCACCAGGAAGCGACGCCACCGCUGCCGAGCGGGAUACCGACGUACACGGUGCAGGUCCUGAACACGUGUCCGUCAGGCUGCGCUGUGGCAGGCAUACACUUGAGCUGUGGCUGGUACGGUUCUGCCCGCCUCGUCGAUCCCCGCAUCUUCCGCCGUUUGAGUUACAAUGACUGUCUCGUCAACGACGGUGCCUCCCUCCCUGCCGGGGACAGCAUUUCUUUCCAGUACGCCAACAGCUUCCGUUACCCCCUCUCCGUCUCCUCCGUCACUUGCUGA